GUGGGAAACGAGCUGCGCCGGAGCGGAAGAGACGUUUCCCGCCAGCGGGAACCGGGGUCGCGGCGGCGCCGGUGCUGGGAGGCGGCGGGGCGCACCAUGGCGGACCAGCUCUACCUGGAAAACAUCGACGAGUUCGUCACGGACCAAAACAAAAUCGUUACAUACAAAUGGCUGAGCUAUACACUAGGAGUUCAUGUCAACCAGGCCAAACAGAUGCUGUAUGAUUAUGUCGAGAGGAAGCGAAAAGAAAAUUCAGGAGCCCAGCUGCAUGUCACCUAUUUAGUGUCUGGCAGUCUCAUUCAGAAUGGACUUUCUUGCCACAAGGUUGCAGUAGUGAGAGAAGACAAGUUAGAGGCAGUGAAGUCCAAGCUAGCUGUGACUGCCAGCAUCCAUGUGUACAGCAUCCAGAAAGCCAUGCUAAAGGACAGUGGGCCUCUGUUCAAUACCGACUAUGACAUCCUUAAAAGCAACUUGCAGAACUGCAGCAAGUUUAGUGCCAUCAAGUGUGCAGCUGCAGUCCCCAGAGCCCCUGUUGAAUCAUCUUCUGAAAAGUUUGAGCAGGCAAAUCUUCAGGUAUCAAGCGAUACCAAUCAUGAGCUGAGCACCAAUGGUCACGGCCCACCUACUUCCAAGCAAGUUUCCCAGCAGCCCAAAGGAAUUAUGGGAAUGUUUGCCUCUAAAGCUGCUUCUAAGACCCAGGAUACCAACAAAGAAACCAAAACAGAGGCUAAAGAGCUAACAAAUGCAUCUUCGGCAGGCAGCAAGGCACCAGGGAAAGUGAAUGUGAUGAGCAAUUUUUUUGGGAAAGCUGCUAUGAGUAAACUUAAAGUCAGUUUGGACUCAGAGCAAGCAGUGAAAGAAGAAAAAACAGUGGAGCAACAGCCAGUGUCUGUCAUUGAACCAAAGCUGGCAGCUCCCACAGUCCUGAAGAAAUCCAGCAAAAAAGUAGAGCCUGUUAAGAUGCAGCAGAAAGAGAAAAAAAGGGGUAAGCAACUGGAGUUAUCUGAUGAUGAAAUGAAAGAAACUGAAAACAUGAAGAAGAAGAAGAGGAAGAGAAUCAAACUUCCCGAACCUGACAGCAGUGAAGAUGAAGUUAUCCUAGACUCUCUUGGGGCUUAUGAAGCUGAGUCUCCGUCCCCACCUCCACCUGCUCAUGCCUCUCCACCUGAACCAGCACCAAAGAUGGAGCCAGCGCCUCCUUCCGUCAAGAGUCCAAGUGGAGAAAACAAAAGAAGACGGAAGCGCGUGCUGAAAUCUAAAACCUUUAUAGACGGAGAUGGUAGUAUGGUGACUGAAAAAGUCUAUGAGAGUGAAUCCUGCACAGAUAGUGAAGAGGAGCUGAAGAUGAAGACACCUGCUAUACACAGACCCCCUGCCAUGACAGUGAAGAAAGAACCCAAAGAAGAACGAAAGGGCCCCAAAAAAGGAGCUGCUGCUCUGGGCAAAGCCAGUAGACAAGCGUCCAUUACUGGCUUCUUCCAGAAGAAGUGAGCUGCCUUCUCUGCUAGACCAAGACAAACAGACUCUCACUUACUAUGUAAGUUCAUCGAGCGCCUCACCUCUGUCCAAAGACUGUUCUGACAUCCUGUAGCAUUUCUAUUGCUUUUAGUUUUUAACCAAAAGGAAAUUACCUGGAGGCAAGAGCAGAAUACUAAAAACAAAAAAACUUACCUUCUAAUGACAUUUUCAAGUAGUUUUUGACCUGUAUAGGAGAAAUUAACUCUAAAAAUAAAUUGAAAAAAGUUUCCGAAUUCUCA